AUGGAUCUUUGGGGACUCACCACUUUGAUCCUCUUGGCUGGUGUUCUUUUGCUGAUCUUUUUAUCUCAAUGGAGCCAGGGACUCAAAAGGGGAAAGCUCCCACCAGGUCCUACUCCUCUUCCAUUUCUUGGCAACAUCCUGCAAUUGGAUUUGAAGGACAUGACUGCAUCAUUCUCACAGCUGGCUGAAAAAUAUGGCCCCAUCUAUACUCUUUAUUUUGGAAGUCAGCGUAUUGUGGUGCUACAUGGAUAUAAAAUUGUGAAAGAAGCUCUAAUUGAUCAAGGAGAUGCUUUUGCAGACAGAGGAAGUAUUCCCAUUUUUGAUGAUGUAAUUAAAAAAAAAGGAGUUGCUUUCGGUGAUGGAGAGAGUUGGAAACAAGUCCGUAGAUUUUCCCUUAUGACCCUAAGGAACUUCGGGAUGGGAAAAAGAAGCAUUGAAGAAAGAGUUCAAGAAGAAGCCCAAUGUCUGGUGGAGGAACUCAGGAAAACAAAGUGUAAGCCCACUGAUCCCAUCUCCAUUCUUGCCUGUGCCCCAUGCAAUGUGAUCUGCUCUAUUCUCUUCCAUGAUCGAUUCAAGUACAAUGAUGAGAAAUUUAUGCAUCUGCUGAAAUUGUUAAAUGAAAACUUUCAGCUCCUUAAUUCACGAUGGGCACAGCUCUACAACUUUUUACCAGGAUUCAGAUUGUUCCUCCCUGGAAUAUAUAAAAUGCAUUUUAAAAUUGUGGAAGAACUGAAACAUUUCAUUUUGGAAAGAGUAAAGGAGCAUCAAAAAGUACUACAUCCCACCAACCCUCAAGACUUCAUUGACUGCUACCUCUCCAAAAUGCAGCAGGAAAAAGAUAAUCCCCACUCUGAAUUUGACUUAGAGAAUCUAGUAAUGACUGGAGUAAACUUAUUUGUUGCUGGAACAGAGACAACCAGCAGCACUCUAAGAUAUGGCCUGCUGUUCAUUCUGAAGCAUCCUGAGAUCCAAGCAAAAAUUCAUGAGGAAAUUGAUCGUAUGAUUGGACAUAAUCGAGCUCCUUCCAUAAAGGACAGACAAGAUAUGCCCUAUAUGGAUGCCGUGGUACACGAAGUGCAAAGAUUUGCUAACAUUGCACCUCUCAACCUGGCCCAUGCAGUGACUCGGGACAUUCACUUACAACAAUAUUUCCUCCCCAAGGGCACAACAAUCUUCCCACUCCUCUUCCCAAUCUUGUUUGACAGCAAAGAGUUUCCCAACCCUGAACGGUUUGACCCCAAACACUUCCUGGAUAAGAAUGGGAAAUUCAAAAAAAGUGACUACUUCAUGCCUUUUUCCAUUGGAAAAAGGUCUUGUCUAGGAGAGGGCCUGGCAAGAAUGGAGUUGUUUUUGUUCUUUACCACAAUUCUACAGAACUUCACCCUCAAAUCAGUUGGAGAUCCAAAUGAAAUCAGAAUCAACUCCAAGGAGGUUCGGAUCACUAACAUUCCACCAUUUUAUGAACUAUGCUUUCUUCCUCGCUAAAAAAAAAAAAAGAAAGAAAAGAAAAGAAAGACAAAAUUGAUUUGGGAAACUAGCCAGUUGGCAUUUCCUUCUGGAUUCAAAAUUCUCAUAUUUUUUGCUGGAAUGUCCUUGAAGGAAAAAACAUUCCCUUCUAUUGUUUAAAAUGGAUCUUAAUUUCCAAAAACAAGAGAAGCUAGUAGAAUACCUUGUAUGUCAUUACAUAUUAGGAAUUGCUUUACAGAUAUUCAUGUGCAACAUUCUCAUUAAUGCCUGUAACCAUGCUCUAAUUCAUAUCCUCAAUUCCAAUGUUAGGUUUCAGAGGAAGAUCUAUAAAAUAUCCUUCCAAAACCCGUAUUAGUUUGUUCUCUUCAAAUAGCCUCAAGGAUAAUCUUAUUCUGUAUCAUAUAGCUUUUUUGUG